CGAUUAAUUGCUCGCAGACAAGCGUGAGUUCAUGUUAAUAUUCGAAUCAUGCAGGAAUGCAGAUAUAAGUUGUUCAUCAGCGUUACUUUAUGUAGAAUUUAUAAUGUUCUAGAAAUGAGAAGCGCUCUAAAUGAGGGAGGCCAACAAGCAGCAUGUCCGCUGUCAAAAGUGUCUGGAACACGGACACUGGUCCUAUGAGUGCACUGGGAAAAGAAAAUAUCUGUACAGACCUUCCAGAAGCGCUGAGCUGAAAAAGAAGCUGAAAGAUGACUCUGAGAAAGCAGACAAUGAUCCAGGAGAUGGACCAGUGGCUCUGGGUGAAAAGAAAACGAAGAAAAAGAGGUCCAAGUCCUCAAGUGAGUCGAGCAGCAGCAGUGAUUCGGACAGCUCCUCUAGUGACUCGUCGUCAGACAGCAGCGACUCGUCCAGCUCGUUGUCCUCCUCUGAGGAUGAAGACAGCAGCAACAGUGACAGUGAGGACUCUUCCAGCUCUUCCUCCUCCUCAUCGUCCUCUUCCUCCAGCUCAGAUUCUGACUCAUCCAGUGGAAGCAGUUCUGACCAGGGCCCUCCGAAGAAAAGGAAAAAGAAGAAAUAAAGAACUCGCCAUCUGUAUUUUUGUGUUCCGUUGUUUUAUGCUACUCUGAUUGUUCUGGAGGAAAAGAAUACCGUUAAAAUUCUGUCACCUUUCCUUCACUGCUUUAAUUUAGAAAGUGGCAUCUAUAAGCAAAAAGGAGUCGAAUAUUGGACCGUUUCACCUGCUGAGGAGAACACAGAUUGUUCACAACAGACUGUUCUUUCUGUUGCAUUAUUUGUUACAGCCAGAAAAAAAGAAAUUUAUUUUUCUUUACCUUUACCGUCUUCUUCUUUCUUUUAUUUCGAUUUCUGUUAGAUUUUCUGGUGAUGUAGUUAACCUAGGCUUUUUCAGUUUUCCAAAAACUAGUGAGAAUGAAUGAAUGAAAUGGAGAUCUGAUUGUUAUUUGGCCUGUGAGUUACUGAACAUAGAGCGUGUGUGUGUGUGUGUGUGUGUGUGUGUGUGUGUGUGUGUGUGUGUGUGUGUGUGUGUGUGUGUGUGUGUUUGAACUGAUCUGACCAUAUAAAAUAUGCUGUAUGGGUGUUUUCUUUCCACGUGAACAGACAGACGGAUCGAUUAAAUUUAACCUGAUUGUUUAGGAAUAUUUGUUUUUCUUUCUUUGGUUCUAAAAUCAAUUAAGAAUAAAUUAAAGUUUGUAUUUGCA